AUGGCGGCCGGCGUCAAGCGCAGCUUCGCGCGCGCGGAGGCGCUGGCGCCGGGCGAGUGGGAGCGCCUCAAGGCGGAAAGCCUGCGGGACGACUGGAUCGCGAAGGUCGGCCGGCGCGGCGCCACAAAGGAGCUGGCCGAGGCAAUACAGACGGCUUGGCGGGGCCGCGAGGUGGUGAAGCUGCGGGUGCACGACGACAAGAGCGCGCGCAAGAGCGUGCUGCCGCGGCUGAACCUGGUGCUGCGGGAGCUGGAGGAGCUGAGUGGGGGGGUCCUGAUUGACGUGCAGGGGACCAGCAUAUGGCUGUACAGGGGCCCAGACUUUGUGCCGCCACCUGUCAAGCCGCCGGAAAAGAUCGAGCCCUCUGCGCUGCUGCAGCCUCACGGCAGCCCGCAGGGCGCCUGGCGGGAGCUCGGCGGCCGCCGCUGCUACGAGGCCGGCUCGGCGGCGGCGGGGCCGCCCGUGGUGCUGCUGCAGGACCUGUUUGUGGUGGAGAAGGACACGCCCGCGCUGAUGCAGGCCGCCGACCGCCUGGCUUCCGCUGGCGGCCUGUGGGUGAUCAUGCCGCAGCUGCUGACCCAAGAGGACGCCUGGCAGCGCGAGCGCUACCCGCCAGAGAGCGUCUGGAAGAACCGCUUCGCAGACUGGCUGCGCAUCGGGCCCGGCAACUGGGCGGCCCACAAGGAGACCGUCGGGGCGGUGGUGGCUGCGGCGCUCGAGGAAUCGCAGCAAGAGCGGCCCGGCGGCGGCGGCGAGGGCGCGGGGGCGGGGGCGCCGCGGUUUGCGGUCGCGGGGGUGGGCUGGGGCGCGCUGCUCGCGGUGUGGGCCGGCACCGACGGCGGGCUGCCGGAGGGCGUGCCCGCGCCGGCGGCGGUGGCGGCGGUUGCCCCGCAGCUUCAUGACCAGGACGAGAAGCUGGCGGAGGUGCUGGCUGUUCCCCUGGUGAUACUGCCGUCCAAGUAUGACAACAUGGACAAGCUCCAGGUGUACCUGUCGUCCAGGAAGGAGGUUUACCAGCGCUGCACCUUCAAGCGCUUCGGCCACUGCCUCCCGGGCCUCUUCAGCUGGGCCCCCGUGUUCACGGCCUACGACCCCGCCUCCACCACCAAGGAGGGCAGGAAGGACGUCAAGGCGGUCGCGCAGGCCAGCGCCAUGCUGGACCUGGCGGCAUCGUUCCUGCGGCGACACCUGGACGGGGAGGGGGGCGGGGAGGCGGGCGGCGGUGGCUCAAGCAAGGAGGAGGGCGGCGGCGGCGCGAGCGAGGACGGUGAGGGUGCCAGCAGUGGUGAGGCAGUUGCGUGA